GAAAUGCACUUGGAGAUGGAGGACAGUUCUUCAUCUGGCAGACGCUGAUAAUGACUUCCAACAUUUGUGUCCUGACUUAUUCUCGAAUGAGGUAGCUUGAGUAGGUGAAGUGUUUAAAUUUCAUCACCCAAUUCUUGGUUUUUGAAAUACUGAUUGGUCAUUAGCUUUGGGUGUCUUAUUUUCCUUAACCAUUUUUUAGCUUUGUAUGAGUCAGAUGCCUACAUAUUCAUGGAAUUUCUAGUUUACUAGACAUCUGGAAUUCUUGGGAAAGCCUUGCCCUGUUGCUCAAUAAAAUUCACCUAGGUGAAAAUAUGAUAUACUAUUUAAUAAGUUAUUGAAAUAUUGAAAUACGUAUAAAGUAUUGUUUUUGCUUAUUUAAAAAGAGAUCUCUCCACAACAAAUACUAGUAUUAUUUCUAGGUCCAGCAAUGUUAGGCAUGUUUAUCUUCUCAACUUGUAUCAUUCUUCUCAUUCAGGUUUUACGGAUCAUGGGAAUCCGGAGGGUAGUGGGAUUUGGAUAUAUGUUCCUGGGAUUGUGGACGAGUUGGUAGAAUUUGAAUUUUAGUGCUUUAAUAUUAUUAUUUGGAAUCUUCAAAGAAGCGGGCACGGUGUUUGAAACGAGAAAAAGGAAAGAUCUUAGGUUGAUGGGAUUCAGGAGAAUUUCUUUUUCCUUGUAAAAAUUAGUUAAUCGCCAGACCGUUAUUGAGGAAUUAAGGAUUGAACAUGGGGGUAGCUUAUUUGAAAUUGAAAGAUACAAUGACGUCUUUUUGGAUAAGUGAGUAGACUGGACUGGACCAUUCAUUGGGAGAAUAAUCAAACACAUCAUAAUGUUAGUAGUAUAGAACAAAAGAAAGGUUUAGGCCAUGAUUAAACAAGCCAAAGGCGGCCUCAGUUGCGGAGUCUACAUAGGUCGGAAAGAAAAAUAAAGGGUACGUGAAAACAAAGUGCCGGCGCUUGUAAUUUACAAUUCGGCUGGCCUCCGCCCCACAAGGCUCCAUCAGCACCAAGUUAAAGUCUUGACUACACGCCAAAUCCCGCUUGUGCGUGGAGGGAGGAGAGAGAGAGAGAGAGUGGAUUAUUUCAUUUGACUUCUAAGCUUCAAAUGAAGAUUAUCGCAAAAGGUUUCUACCUUUUGUGCCCGUGAAAAAACCGGGCUGAGAUUGAUUGAAUAUGGUUGAAGGGGGAAUGUCGUGUAUUUGUGUGUAGGGCACCAAUGGUCCUUGCAAUUAUUGCAAGGUGACAAAAGGCUUCCAAAGAGCUGUAACAAAUUCUGCCCACUGUUUCCACCAUCAUUUCCUCUCUUUCACACCAUGUUGACUUGCUUCAAAUGGCCUGUUGCUGCUGCUAGAACCGUUCUUCAGCAAGUCAGGGUCUUGGACAAGUUCCAUCGAUGCAAGCGAAGACAGCAUAAGAGAUUGUUUUCGGGUUUUGAUUUGUUAGCCUCGUCUUUCACUGCUAUGGAAGUGUCCAACCAGCUGAAACAAGUAUUCAGGCUCCUUGACACGAAUGGGGAUGGCAAAAUAUCCUCCUUCGAGCUCAGUGAAGUACUCCUGUGGCUAGGACAGGAGAAGUCCACAGCCGUCGAGGAAGCUGAAGGCAUGGUCAGAGAAGUGGACUGCAACGGGGAUGGGUUCAUCGACUUGGACGAGUUCAUGCGCGUCAUGAAUACUGACUUCACAGUUGGUAGCAGCAGCACCUGUGAUGAUGGUCUGAUGGAUGCUUUUUUGAUUUUCGAUUCUGACAAGAAUGGAGUGAUAUCCGCGGAAGAGUUGCAGCGUGUUCUAAUCAGCCUUGGAUGCGUUAAGUGCAGCCUCCAAGAGUGUAAACGUAUGAUUAAGGGAGUCGACAAAGAUGGCGAUGGGUUUGUUGAUUUUGAAGAAUUUAGAUCAAUGAUGACAGGAUGUGCUAGUACUAAAGCUAUAUGAGGCUGACCCUGGAUUUCGAUCAUUCAACAAGCUUUGUAGGGAAGAAGAAGAAGAAGAAGAAGAAGAAGCAUUUAAGUACCAGAAGUUCUUCUUUGCCUCUUGUAGAUAAGUUUUCACCAAGGUAGGCAAGGAAGCUAUGUGGGAUUCAUGCAGGAAGACUAGAAUGACUGAUUGUAGACAUUGUUUCCCCUUUCAAUUAGGUUUAGUUGAAUUGUUUUUUCAAUAAACUCAGUGCCUGCAAUGCUUCUGAUUUUGAAAUAUGUCACUAAAUCCCUUGAGAAGCAAUUAAGAAAAAUUUGUAAUGUUUUAAGAAGGAUGCUACUCUCUACU